CGCACCCGGUCCGUGUACACACGCAUACACACACAUACAAGGUACACAAAAGUGGCUCCCGACUUCAACAAGUCACCAGGAUUUCGGGUGAUUCGCCUAAACAGCUUGUAAGAAGGAACAAUUUCUUGUAGCAGAUCCAAAAGCGAAAAAAAAAGAAGAGAAAGAAUGUCUGACAAAGACGAAAACACGGUCGACCAGGAAGUUAAAAAGGAGGAGGUGGAAGGGGAGACAACCGCUGAGGGCGAAGAAUCGGAGAAGAAAACUGAGGAGACGGCGGAGAAUGGAGAAACUAAAGAAGACGAAGUGAAGGAGGAGACUGGUACGGACGAAGCAGAGGGCGAAACGAAAGCAGAAGAUGAAGCAGAGGGCGAAACGAAAACCGAAGAUGAAUCCCCAGCGAAAGAGGGGGAAGGGGAACAGGUAGAACAGGAAGCGGCGGCAGAAGAGCAAGAGAAAGCUGAGGAGGACGCACAGAAGGAGGAGGAACCACCGGCAGAAGAACAACAGACUACGGAGGAACAACAAGCCGCGGCCGACGAACCGCCAGCGGAGGAGGAACCGCCAGCAGAAAAAGAACUAGAACCGCCGGCUCAAGAGGAAGAAACGGCGGAAGAGCCGCCAGCAGAAGAGGCGGAAGGUACCCAAGAAGAUGUUCCGGCGGAAGAAGUCACACAAGCAGAAGAGGCGGCUCCCGCAGAUGAAGGAGCACCAGUUGAUGAGGAAAAGAAGGAAGAAGAAGAGGGACAGGAGGAAUUGGUGAACGGGGAGGAGAUCGAUCGAGACGUCGCUAUGGAGGAUCUCCCGCCAGAACAAAAAGAAGAAUGCGAGCGACUGUUCAACGAGUUCGAGACGGACGGACGGAUCCCAUUCACCGCCUUCAAACGCCUGCUCCGACGAUUGGACCAAAACCCCACUGACGACGAGGCCAUGGAGUGGUUCAAUGAAGCAGACAAAAACAACAACGACUCUAUCGACUUCUCUGAAUUCGUGGGCGCGUACCAGAAGCACCGCAUGGACAAGGACGCCCAGAGAGAGCAGAUGAUGGAGUGUCUUGCGAAGGUGUUCGGGAAGGAGUGCGACCACAUCGACAUCAAACACGUGCAGUCGCUCAUCGCCGGCAUGGAGAAACAGCGCAGCACGCUCACCGACGACGACAUCCACAGAUUCUGCGACGAGAUCGACACGAACCACAACGGCAAGAUCGAGCGAUCAGAAUUAGCGGACAGAUUAUGCGGAAUAAAAGGCAAUUAGAAAUACCUCUUAACUUUUCCCAAUCAUCGACAACAUCUACAUCAUCAACAUCUUACAUCGUAAUCAUCCUCCGUUGACGUGUGCAAAACAGGGGUUCCAAGAAGACAUACUAUCACAUCAUGCCAGACCGGAAGUCUCUAUCACCAACUACGUGUUGCAAUGCCAAGACAACGUUACUCUUCUUUUUCUAACGGUUGUUUUGCAGUUGACACGUCACAGUGACAUGUGACGUAGGAGAAAAAUGUAUUGAAAGACUGUUUGUUUAUAAAGUUAUAGGACAUUAUUUGGACAUAUGUAGUAGGCGACUGGUUGUGUGUGUUUUAAUCAAUCGUAAUAGAAAACCAGUUCAUUAAAGGGUGGUUCUUCAUUACAAAAUGUUUACAAGUGUACAAACUGUACUCUCUUUUUUUGGUACCUCCUACCCUCUGUUCUAAAAUCAUAGGCUGGGCGGGGGAUGGGGGGGGGGGGGGGGGGGGGGGGGGGAUUUAAUACCUCUCAACUCUGAAAAUGAUACAUCGGUUCCCCUUUUAAAUGGCGAAUUCUUUUGACGUGUGCUGUAUCACAAAACAUUAUUUUCUUUCUUCUGGCUCAACAGAAGAAAUUUCGGACUUGGUGGCGUGGAAAAAAAUACAAACAAUGAUUAUCAUUAAAACAAUAAAGGGCUCUGUUAUUUUGAUGUAGCAAGUGGUUGGUGCUGCCCUGUUAAUCUUGUUUACUUAGGAUUUUUUUAUAAAAUUUGUUCAGUUGUGAGUGGGUUUUUUCAUGUUUUACAGAGGUGAAUCCAAAAUGGGACCAGUGGACCCAUUCCCCUUAAAAAUAUCCCCUCUUAAUUUUUGUCUCAUUACAAUGUCCUUUUCUCGGCAGCCCACCCUCACAAAGUAUUUUUUGGAUCAGGCCCUGGUUUUUUUUUUUUUCUGCUAUUUUAAUACUAAGCUGGGCAAGCUGUAACAAAUAAAUCUCGAUAUAGAAUUUUGAAAUGAUUGCGUACACGAGUAAAUAAGUCUUUGUUUUCUGUAUUCAUAGUACCGACUUGAAACAGGUUUUAUAAAUUUCUAGGCUGGUUGAUAUUUAACUGUUUUGUAUUUGUUUUCGUUUAUUUACUGUUUUUUAGUAGAUGUGUCAAAGAAUAAAGAGUAUUAAGAUGGCUGUGAUAUAUCAUGACGUAUAACAUAUAGUGACGUAUGAUGCAUAUCGUGACGUAUGCUCUAUGGUGACGUAUGCUUUAUCAUGACGUAAGAUAUAUCGUGAUAUAUGAUACGUAUUAUAUUACGUGUUUUAUGACCUAUAGUGACGUCGUCCUUUAAAAAGUGACCCUGUCUUGGACACAUCCACUGGGAAAUCGCGGAGAAUGUGCCGAAGACAGUCGUGCUUGAACUUUCAGUGGAUGUAAGCUCGAGUCAAAAGGUUGACUGGUUGAUUUAAAAAGUUUAAAAAGUAACUUCUGUGUAUCAUGUUCUGUUGUCUCAAACGAAUCGUGCGUUUAUGUUUUGUUCUGACCACCGGAUGUUUUCAAACAUUCAUCUUUAUAUGUACUUUCCACCAAGUAACAUGAAGCCUCCGUUUUAACCAAGCAAGUGCAUUAGCUAUGGGUUGUUGGUUUUUUGGUUAAUACAGGUUUUUGACUGGACAGUGUCCACUGUCUACCAGACCCCUGUUUCAAUAAAUUGUGAACCACCAGGCUAAAGGUUCAUACACAGUUUAGAAACGUACACGCAGGGCCGUAGCUAGCGGAAGGAGGAGGGGGAGUUGCCCCCCCCCCCCCCCCCCCCC